CGGCAGUAGGCUUGCAGCGCGAGGCAGGCCUCGUCUGCCCUGCAGUACGCAGCACCCUGUGCUAUCAUCCGAGGGGCCGGGCCUGCAGCACAAGCCGUCUUUGCUGUCGGCUGCCUUGGCUGUUAGAGCGUGUUGGAAAUGUGAUGUUUUCGGUAGAUGUUAUGAGAUUCCAAUGAUUCCGUGCUGUCAGUCUGCCUAAUUAUCCACUGCAAAGUGCAGUUGUUUUUGAACCAGGCUUCACAUGCUGGCCAGGUGAAAGCUGGGACACGUGUGAACCCUGGCUUUUUUAAGAGACAACGUAGGAUUCCUGCAUGUGAACGAAGGAGAGCUGUUCUUUAAAUUGUUGUAACUAUAUACGUUUUCCCUUUAGAAUAUCAUAUCCUGCUCAGGCCAUUGAGAGAGGAGAUAACAAAAGAGUCACCUUUUAAGGCAAAUGAGGUGUCCCUAUCUAUUUUUCUCUCUCCUGUGAGGAUAGGAGGACUCAUUAAAACCAAAAGCACAGGUUUUGUAAGACUGAGCAAACCUGAUUGCUUCGUAUCUGCUGAGUAUAUCUCGCUGCCCAGGAUAUCCAAUUUAUGAAAAUGAAUUCUGGGGAGGGAGGCAAAUCAGAGCCUGUCUCGGCCGUUGUCGCCCCAUCGCGCCGCUGCGCAGGACCCGACUAGCCAACUCGCGCCAGGGCUGUGCCUUGCCGUUCCCGCUCCCCUCGGGAGGGAGAGGCUGGUUCCACGCGGGAUCGCUGGCUGCUGGGAGCUGUAGUUUCCCGGCUCCCUCCCCUGCCGGUGCAGCCUUGGGCUGCGCUCCGCAUGCCGUAACAGGCCUCCCCCGCGCGGACUACAAAUCCCAGCAGGGCUCUGCGCGCUGGCCCUGGGGACGCUCUACUGUAAACAGAGGCUCUGAAUUCAGGCCAGACCCUGGGGUUAGCUCAUUUUUUUCCCUUAAAAUAACUGGAAGGAGGAGGGAUACAAACAUCAGUGAAGUCUCUCCCGAAGCAGCUGAUCUCUCCCAGCUUUUUUCUGCUUGCCUCUCUCCUGUGCGUACCUCGCGGUUUCCCCCCCUUAUUAACUCUCCUUUCAGUCAACCCAGGGACCUGCAGCAGCCAUCUGGAAGGAAGUUGAGGAAGGUCUGAAUGUGUGACUGUGGUGGAAGGUGAAGGGAAAGGAUAAGCACCACCCUGUGCUCUCCUGAGAGUUGAUGUCCUCUUCCUUCGCAAGGCUGGAAAAAUGUCUGCAGGGGGUGCCCCCCAGCCUGCCCACAUCCUGAACCUGCUCCCUUAUCCCAGAUUGAACGAGGUGCCAAGAGCUGGACAUCAGCUGGAUUCUGUUGGCAUAGAAAUCCCAUCAGAUCCCUGCACAGGCUACAGAUUUUUCAAGCCCGGUGGUUUGUUCGGUAUUAAACAAGCGGAGGAGCCAUACACUGAAGGCCAGGAGAUGCAGGAGGAGAGCAAGAUCCUCGUGAGCCCUUGUGCAGUUGAGCCUGGUCGAACAAAUAAAGUUGAGCAGCAGGAGGAGAAGCCUGGGUGCACUGCCGGCUCCCUGGAGCUGUAUCCCACAGCCACAAGCAGUUCCAGCCGCUGGUUUCACAGUGGGCAACGUGCAGCUGAGCGGGCGGGCAUGGAGAGAGAUGGUGCGGCUGGCCUCAGCCAGGUCUCGGCCCGGGUUGCCUGCUGGGUACCCCAGCUUGGGGCUGGCCCCUUCAGGUGUGCCCAGUGCGGGAAGGGUUUCCGCCAGAAGCAGAGCCUCAUCACGCAUGAGAGGAUUCACACUGGAGAGAAACCCUACAGGUGCGGGGACUGUGGGAAGAGCUUCAGCCAGAGGCCCAACCUCCUGACCCAUCGACGCGUUCACACGGGGGAGCGCCCCUUCCCGUGCACGCAGUGUGGCAAGAGCUUCAGUCAGAAGGCCAACCUCCUUGCCCACCAGCGGAUACACGCUGCUGGGGAGAAGGCGCUAGCAGGGGGCGACCAGGAGGACGGCACAUCCACCAAGCCAAAACUCCGAGCCCAGCAGAGAAGUUACCAGGAAGACACCCCCUUUGUGUGCCCUGAGUGCGGGAAGAGCUUCCGGCAGAAACCCAACCUCAUCACCCACCGGAGAAUCCACACUGGGGAGCGCCCCUUCACUUGCUUUCUCUGCGGGAGAAGCUUCAACCAAAAGACCAACCUGGUGACACACUACCGCGUGCACACGGGGGAGCGCCCCUUCGCCUGCACCCAGUGCGGCAAACGGUUCACCCAGAAAACCAACCUGGUGACCCACCAGAGCACCCACACGGACGUCCGCCCCUACCCUUGCAGUCAGUGCCAGAAAUGCUUCAAGGACAAAGUGUCCCUGAAAGCGCACCAGAAAACUCAUGCUCCGCGCCAGCGGAGAUGCCCGGGUCGGAGUCCGGCUCCAGCCCUGCCCUACGGGACUGCGCCCACGCUGCUCCAGCCAGGCGGCCCGGAGCAAGAGACGCCGUUCAAUCCUAUGCCACCACUGCCUGUUCAGAAGAUCCCUGAAAGCCAAGAACUGUACUCGUGUACAGAGAAAAGCUUUCCCCCAAAGGAGCAGCUGCUGCCGCAUCAGCAACCCCCGCUGGGGGAGCAGUCUUUCCCUUGUGUGCAGUGUGGGGAAGGGUUUUGCCAGAAGGUGACUCUCCUAAGGCAACAGCACAGCCCUGCCAUGGAGACUGCCGGUGGGUGUGCGACUGGCUUCAGCCACAGUCAGCAUCUCCUGGGGCACUUGGGGGUGCAGCCUGUCCUUGGGGAUGGGCCAGCCCCUGCUCCGCCUGCCCCUGGGGCAGAGAAGCCCUUCAUCUGUAACCAGUGCGGCAACAGCUUUGGCUUGUGGUUGUCCCUUGUGGCCCAUCAGAAGAGUCAUGUAGGGCAAAAGCCCUUUCAGUGCCCUGACCAUGAGAAAAGCUCCGGUGAUGAGCUGUCCCCCAAAGCCCCGCCGGAGAAGCAGGUGGAAGGGAGAGCCUGGGUGUGUCCGGAGUGCGGGAGGAGCUUUGCUCAGUACGAGCGCUUGGUAAAGCACCGGCAAAACCACAGGGGCAGAGGGCCCUACCGAUGUGACGUCUGCGGGAAGAGAUUCAGCCUGAAAACCAACCUGGUGACUCACCAGCGCAUCCACACGGGGGAGCGCCCCUUCACCUGUGGCGUGUGUGGGAGACGGUUCAACCAGAAGGGGAACCUGGUGACGCACUACCGCACACACACGGGAGAGCGGCCUUUUGCCUGCACCCAGUGCGGCAAGCGCUUUGCCCAGAAGCCCAACCUUAUCGCCCACCAAAAGACCCACAACGGGAGACAGCCCUUCACUUGUUUGGAGUGCCCCAAGCGCUUCAAGAGCAAGCUCUCCCUGAGAGUCCACCAGCGAGUGCACGCAGCAGAGCGGUCCCCGAGCGAGCCGGUCUCGGGGCAGACGCCCAGCCUGCAAGGCCACCCUGGGAGCCCGUAUCCCUGCUCUCUCUGUGGGGAGACCUUUGAGGAACACGGAGAUCUGCAGCUUCACCGUCAGGGCCACACUGGGGAGCGGCCGCACGCCUGUGCGGAGUGUGGGAAGCGCUUCCGGCAGAAAGUGAAUCUCGCUGUUCACCAGAGGACCCACACGGGGGAGAGGCCGUUCCGCUGUGCCGAGUGUGGGAAGGGCUUCAGCCAGAAGGCCCAUCUCCUCCGGCACCGCCGGACGCACACGGGGGCCAUGCCGCCCUCUUGCUGCGAGGGGACCUGCCCAGCACAUCAGGAGGAGCCAGAUGCAAGCGCUCCCCUGGGGAAGGGAUCUGAACCUCCCAACAUGCUCCUGUCCCCCUGCUCCAGGGGAGCUGCUCACGGAUCGCUGGCUCGGGAAGAGCUUCGGGCAGGAGUGCAGCCCCCAAACAGACCAGAGAGCCCGUCCGGGGCAGCAGACAUCCUUCUGCAACUAAUGCAAGACGAUCAUCACCUAGUGUCUGGCUCUCACCAUCCGCAGGAGGGACCCGCUGGGCAGUGCCCCUGUAAAUGCGCAGAGGGUGGGGAAAGCUUGAGUGAGAAGCCAAGUCUGCAGCCGCAGUGCUGCUGUACUGACUGCAUGAGCCAGCGGCAGCUGCUUCUGAAACCCCAGCAUGACUGCAGAGCGGAGAUCUGGUGCAAGUACGGUGGCUGUAGCAGAAGCUUUGAGGAUAAGAGAGUCCUGAGAGUGCCUGAGAGAGCACAUGGCGAAGAGAAAACCUCUCAAUGCCCAAGCUGCUUGUAACGUGUGCGCACCUGAACAAACUGCCAUAAACCUAUCGCUGAGCAAGGGACUAGACCUCAUUGCUCUUGCACUAAAGACACCAAACCUAAAUAGGGCAGUGGCUCCAACCAGAAGCCAGAUUGCUAACCAAAUGAGGACAGUGCAGAGGCUGUACCGGCCUCACGAAGGGAAAGGUGCA